GCCGUCCCCGGUUUAUUCGCAAUAUUCAGUCAGCCGACGAUUGUUGAACCCGACAGACGUGCGCGCACCAUAUGUUUCUGGCUCGAUCGACAGAAAUCAUAAAUUAAGCGAAAUCAAAGCAUUGUUACAACACAAACGAUUUCGGACUCGGAUUCUCUUCUUUUUUGGCGGAGGAGGCAAUAAAAGUCAAGAAAUCAAGAGGAAGAGGAAGCCAACAACAAAAAAUGUGCCGCUGCUGUCAAAACUGUUGGGAAGAUUUCUACUGGAAUUGCUUCGAGGAGCGUUUUUGCUACGACGAAUCGAUCGCAAACUACAAUCCCGAGGAGGACGAGGAUUACUUGGCGUCCCGGAAAAAUGGCCAGAUCAUUGGACGCAUACAGCCAGCCACGGCGGAUAAUAAUAAUUCGCUGACGGUGCCACAACCGAUUUGCGACCAGCCGCAAAUGAGGCAGGGCAACUCGAGCCUGGGUCUGAGUUUAAUGAGCGCCAAGAUCCACGAGGAGGACUAUCGUCGGGAGACGCAGAUCAAUGUGCCCAACUUGGGACCGGAGAUAUUGGCGGUGUUUGCCAAUUCGCAGAUCUUCCAGGAUCAUCAGCCGACCAAGCUGAAUCGGAUUAGCACAAAGACCUAUUUGGCCGGGAUCCAUUCGCCGAAUCGCGAAAUGCCGACAACUCCGCGUCUCAGUGAUCAGGAGAGAUUGCUGCGACGUCUGGAAGGUGAUGCUACUGACUCGAGAUUGGGAUCUCCGGAGAAGCGUAUUACGUUCACUUUGGCACCCAGUUCCGCCGAAUGUUCGCCCUCGGGAAGCCAAUCGACCCUCACUCCCAAGAAGUUCGAGGCAAUCGCCGAGGAGGAGAAGGAGGACGAGAAGGUCGAAGAGAAGGAGGAGGCGAUGGAGGAGGUGGUACUGCGACCUCGCCUCAUCGACCGUCAUCCCCAUCUGUUGGCCAAUCCCAGUGGUCUGGCCACCACGCCAAAACGAAUCCUGCGAUCCGCCAAAAGUGUUCCGCACAUGAACGUACGAUCGUCGGCCAGCGAAACGGAUAUAUUCUCCAUCAGCGGUACGAUUACCGGAAGCAGCCAGAUCAGCAUGACACCCGAGGUGCCCUCGAUAUCGUAUAGCAAUCUGCCGAAGAACUACGAGGAUACGCCCACCAUUGAAAAGUACAGGGUAUCGCAGAGUCUCUAUUCCAUUCAGACGGCAAAUGCAGCUCGGGCCACCCAAUAUGAUUACUCGAUGCCGCGGUACUUCCGUCGUUCGGCCAUGCUGAUGAGCCAGAGUUCGGAGGUCCUGCCGGGUGCCACUUCAUUGGGAUCCAUGUCACCGUCCAUCGCUUCUUCGUCUGCCUCGCCAGGAUCAUCCAAGGACGAGCUGCGACGUCCCGAAAAGGAGAAGAACAAGCGACUGCAGAGGCUGCGCGGUAACCUACCGCCUCUGCUCAUCCAUUCAGUAUCCUUCAAACGCAAUCGUGACGAGGGCAAGCAGGUGGACUAGUUGCCCUUUAAACUUUCAUAGUUGUUACCCAUUUUGUCCAUUUUUAAACUGUUUAUGUACUGUAAAAGUCUUAGCCUGUAGUACCUGCUUAAACGAUUUCUGUAUUAGCUUUUAAGGGAAGACCCUGUCCACCCACUCACUCAGUAUUCGGAUGUACUUCAUUUUGCGUUUAUGAUUGAUAUUACGAAAUAUAUGUUAUUUUACUCCAA